AUGGCGGAUGAGGCGACCGAGAACCCGCAGAAAUCCCGCCGCCUGGACACUGACGCGGCCGAGGCGCUGCUGGAUUUGAGCCAUUCACCGCCAUCGAAACGGGAAGCGGAGGCGGCAACCGGCGACAGCACCUACGACAUCGGAUCGUGCGAGCACUUAUUCAAGGACAGCGAGGAUCUGGAUGAGAUCGCGCGUGAUCUCAGGGACGCCCACAAGCCCCCGAAGUGCGAGCACUUUCCGUGCAGCACCACCUGGAGGGGAGCUGCUGGGAUGAUGGUGUGCACCGAGUGUUCCUUGACUUUCUGCACCGGGGAGAAGGGCAGCAGGGGACAUCCGCAGGGACACGCCGCCUGGCAUGCCGCCAGUGACAAGCAUUGGGUUGCUCUGUGGUGCGAUGAGCCGUCCAAGGGGUAUUGCUUCGAGUGUAGACGCAUCCUGAUGCUUGGUCAGAGCAAGGCGAUCGAAGAUAAUUAUGCACUGGUGCCCAGAAAUAAGAAGGAUGAGUGGGGAAUGGUAGCCAGCAAUUGGGGAAUGUUGGGCAGUAAUGUGAUGCGUCCCACGGGAAUGCUGGGCAGUACCGUGAUGGAUCCGUGGGGAAUGUUGGGAAGUAAUGCAUUGGAUCGCUGUGGAAUGGUAGCAGGCGAUGAUCAUGUUGUCAGAGGGAUACCAAAUCUUGGGGACACAUGCUACAUGAAUGCAGCAUUGCAGUGCCUCCUUGCGCUUGGUAAGCUAAGGACAAUGUUUCUAAGACCGGAUGCUCGGCUGGGAGACAUUGGUCUGCACCUGAAGCAGUUGUUUGUAGCGACAAGCUGUGGGAAUACUGCCACCCAAAUGCCGGACCCAGAGAUGAUGCCGACAUAUAUGUGGUCCCUUUAUCCGGAUCGUUUCCAGCGCAAAGUGAUGGGCGACAGCCAUGAGUUCCUUGCAUCUUUGUGCGAUGCUUUGCAUAAUGAGGUGGAGCAGCUAAACAAUUUGCAAGGGGAAGCACUCUUCCCUACAUUCAGCAAUUCCAUUUUCAGUUGCGAGCUGCUUGAUAUGGUUUCCUGCAAAGUUUGCUCACAUGAUGAAGUUACACAUUAUUCAUUACAUGGUAUUCAACUGGCAGCGCCAUCAAAGGACCCUCUAGCCAGAAGCAAUCCUCUGCAAGUUGGUUCUACUGAAGGGAAGGAUACUGUACACGGUCUUCUGCAGACUCAUAAGAAUGAUAUCCCAAGAGGGAUCGUUGAAGUAAAAGCUCUCGAUUUCAUUCCUAAAUUGUUUGAUGACUUCGGUGGAGUGGAGGAAUUGGUAGCAGAUUCUCACAAUCCAGAAGAGAAGGAGAAAGCUCAGAGCACUGAAACUGUUCAUGAUGUGGCAGAACAUAUGAACUCUCUUUCGUCAAUUGAGGACUGCCUGAAACUGUUUUCGCAUUGCCUGACAGAUUGUAACAACUGUUCCAAGGUUGCUGCUGAGCUGCCAGAAACCGAUGGAAGUAAAAAUGUUGAACCGAUCAUAGCAAGUAGCAAUGUAAAUACAACUGUUGAUGGAGACCAGACUGAAAUGUCAGACAUGAAAACAUGCCCAAGUGAGCGAUCUAGUGACUUUGGUAGCUUGUCGGCAGAAUCUCCAAGUAGGCAACCGUAUCUUUCAGAUUCACAUCAUCAGGUUACACUCUCUGAGGACAUAACUUCUGAAGAAGUCACUUCAGGGAAGAGCUGUGAUGAAAAGGACUUGACCUGUUGCAGCACAACCCAUGAAAAAGCUGAAAGUCAUGAAGGUGUUCAAGAAGCUGCGCUUAGUUGCCUUACAACUGAUGAACAGACUGACUUGCUGAGUGCUCAGAAUAUUCAGGAUACCAGCACUCAAAAACACAGCAGUGGAAAGCAGGUAAUGUAUGAUCAUAGUGCUCAAGAAGUGGCGGAAAAACAAAAUAAGCAGACAGCAAUUCAAACACGAUUGAUUAGCAAGCUGCCACCUGUAUUAACCAUUCAACUUCAGAGACACUCACCCGGUCUUCCUAAAUUGAGUGGGCAUGUGAGCUUUAAGGAGAUUCUUCAUUUAGGACCAUUCAUGGACCCCAGUUCUGAGGACAAAGAUAACCUGAGUUAUCGUCUAGUUGGUGUCAUUGAACACAUUGGCGUCGGCGUGACCGUAGGGCAUUACAUUGCUUAUGUGAGGGCAAGUCGCAGGCAGCAGGGCAGUGGCCCUUCCUCAUGGGUUUGUGCGAACGAUUCCAUGGUCCGACAAGCCUCUCUAGAAGAAGUUCUCAGGCGUGAGGCAUACAUUCUUUUCUAUGAGAGGAUAGAUGAUGGCGGCAUUGUAGAUGAUGGGCAAUGA